GUUCGCUACUAACCCUAAAUUUCGCGGAAGGGUCGUGAGGAGCAAAUCAAACAAAAAAAAAAUCUUGUCGAGAGCACCACGACGAUUGGGUUUCUUCUGCCCAAUUUGAAAUUCCUGUGGAGCAGUGUUGCACUUGCAAGUCCUGAUGGGUGCUCCCAAACAGAAAUGGACGCCGGAAGAAGAAGCGGCCUUAAAAGCUGGUGUUACAAAACAUGGUGCUGGUAAAUGGCGUACGAUACUGAAAGACCCUGAAUUUAGCGGAGUCUUAUACCUCCGUUCUAAUGUAGAUCUCAAGGAUAAAUGGAGAAAUAUGAGUGUCAUGGCAAAUGGGUGGGGAUCGCGUGAAAAGUCUAGGUUAGCUGUUAGAAGGACAGCCUCUCUUCCCAGACAGGAAGAUAACUCUCUUGCAAUCAUCAAUACUAUGCAAAGUGAUGAAGAAAUUGCUGAUUAUAGGCCUAUUUCCACUAUUAGUUCUUCUGCGCUGCAAAUUGCUGCUGCUCCUGCUGCAAGGAGACCUAAUGUAGUAAGGCUGGACAACCUUAUAAUGGAAGCAAUUACUGUACUAAAAGAGCCUGGUGGUUCUAACAAGACAACAAUUGGUGCAUAUAUUGAGGAACAAUAUCAUGCUCCUGCAGACUUCAAAAGAUUGCUGUCUACAAAGCUUAAACACUUGACAGCUUGUGGUAAACUUAUGAAGGUUAAACGCAAGUACAGAAUUCCACUUACCACGCCGUCUCACGAUAGAAAAAGGAAUUUUGGGACAUUCACGGGAAGGCAGAGGAUUUCAUCUGUCUCUUCUCUUAGGACAGAACCCGACGAAGUGAAUAUCAUUACAAGAUCUCAGAUUGACUCAGAGUUGGCCAGAAUGAAAAGCAUGGAUGUUCACGAGGCUGCUUUAGUCGCGGCUCGGGCAGUUGCAGAAGCUGAAGCCGCGGUGGCAGAGGCUGAG